AUGGCGGUGGACGAUCUGCUGCUGCCGCGCACGGAGUCCUCGGCGCUGACGGCGCUGGACCGAGGCCUGUGGACCGCGGCGCUCUACGCCGCCAUCAUGGCGCUGUGCCGAAAGCGAGGCAUUUGCUACGCGAUGCUGGGGCCCACGUUGCUAGGCGGGGACCCGCUCGUCCUGCUGGCCAGGCGUCUCCCCGUAGCGCCGUCGGCCGGGGCACGUCGGUUCGGCGGCCGGCCUGGGGUGCCCUUUCUGCAGAACCUAGCGGUGGCCUACACGUCGCAGGCCUUGCAGGGCCUGAGCAUGGGCUUGCUCCCCGGCAAGCAGCGGCUGGAUACCGGCGGCAAUGUCCUGAUGCUCACAGUUUGGCGGAACCACAAGCACCUCAACGCGGCGGUGCACGGCAACUCAGCUGCUUUGGAAAGCUUCCACUUCCUCUUCGGCGUGGGCGCCCUCAUCGCGCCUUUGUGCGUCUCCUGGGCGCUCAAGCUGGACCUUGACGCUGUGCAGGUGUGGCUCUUAGAGGACCUCAAGUUGGGGUCCCCUGAAGGCCUGGAAGCCACAGCUGUAGAGGACAUCAAAGUGGAGGCGAAGCCUCUGCCCCGGGUGGUGCUGUUCACUGGGGCGUUUCUGCUGAGCUACGUGGGCCUCGAGGUGGCCUUUGGCGGUUACGUGGACCCCUUCGCCGUGAAGCAGCUGGAUUUCUCCAAGGAUCCACCAAAGCGACUCAUGUGCCACGCAGAAGUUGACUCGCGCUCCGUGGCGCUGAGCCCCAGAGCCCCAGAGCCCCUGGCGGUGGCUUCGAAUCCGGCCGCGCGUUUUAUCCCGAAGAUGGACUCCGAAAUCCUCUCCGGGGAGCUCCAGAGGAUCAAAGACUUGCAGAAGAGCUCGGUGGACCGUAUGCAGAUUUUACAGUCCCAGCAAGCGGUCUUGCAGAAGACCUUUGACAGCCUCUUGCAGCGCUUGGAGCCCGGCGAGGUGAUGAGAGCGACGAAGCCCAAAGCGAAAGAAGCCGAGACGCCGGAGAAGCCGCAGGAGGGCCUACGAGAGCCGCAGGCGCACCGCCCUAACAGCAGCGCGGGCUGCCGCUUGCCGAGCGUCACGCAGGCAAGCAUUACUGUCGAGGAAGAGGAGGCAAAGAGUGUUACUUUCGAGGAAGAGGAGGCGCCAGAAGUCGAGGAAACGAACGGCAAGGAAGAAGAGGACACCAACUUCAGAGCCUUGAGGGGCACCACCAUCGUGGAGCGGAAUCUGCAUCGAGAUGUCCUGGAGCACGUGGAGGACGAUGACGAGUCCCCGCACGCAGAGGCCCUCAAGAAGGUGAACCCCAGCUCCGUCGCCAGCGUGGGUCUUGCGGGGCAAGUUGCGAGGAAGGUUGUCAAGCACUGGAGCUUUGAGGUGGUCGUCGGCAUCGUGAUUUGGGCGAACCUGGUGGUGCAGGGCUUUGAGCUCGAGCACUCGCUGUUGCCACAGCCAAAAGACCCCUGGCCCGCCAGUGUUGAAGUCUGCUUCCUGAUCUUCUACAUCGCGGAGCUCGUGUUGCGCUUGGCUGCGCGGGGGUUGAAGGCGAAUCUCAUGGACCCCUGGUUUGUGCUCGACCUGCUCGUGGUGAUCGGCAGCAUCGCAACCCUGAUCCUCUACAGCGCAGAUGGUUUCAACGGUAUCCUCUUCGUCCGUGGUGUCAGACUGCUGCGACUGGGUCGUUCCUUGCAAAGCAUCAAGCGCAUCAGGAUCGUGUGGUAUCUCUUGCGUGGGCUGCUGCAAUCUGGGCAGGUGCUGAUCGCGACCUUCUCGCUGCUGGUCUUGGCGCUGUACAUCGCCGCAUGCAUCGGUGUCGAGGUGAUCUCCAAGGACACGACGCUGGCGUCCAACGCUGCGGUCGCCUCGAUCGUCUCCUCAAGCUUUGGCAGCCUCCGGCUCACCAUGCUCACGCUGAUCCAGUUCGUCACCAUGGACUCGAUCGCCGAGAUCUACAUCCCCUUGGUGCAAGCAAAGCCCGAGCUGGUGUUCUACUUCCUGGCGCUCCUCUUGAUCCUGCCGAUCACGCUACUGAACUUGGUCACCGCCGUGCUGGUGGAGAACGGUCUCUCCCAGGCGCAGAAAGACGCGGAGUACGAGUCCCAGGCUAGGAGCCAGGAGAUGAGGCAGGCGGUGCUCCGCUUGAUCGAGCUCUUCCAAAAGCUGGACAACAACUCCGACGGCGGGCUCAGCCGCGCCGAGCUGGCCUCCCUGCCGGAUGCGCAUAUCCCCAAGGGCUUGCUGGAGUCCCUGGCCGCGGAUGACCUUGUGGAGCUCUUUGAUCUCCUGGACGUGGAUCGCACAGGUGAGCUCUCGCAGGAAGAAUUUGUGGAUGGGCUUCUGCAGAUGGUGGUGCGGGAUGUGCCGAUGGAGACCAUGCGCAUGAUGAAAAUUCUGCAGUCGGUGCACAAGUCGAUUCGCAGUCUGACUGAGUCGUACGCAAAGAUGCUGAGCACGGAGAUGUCGGUGACUGUACUUUGAGAUCUCAGCCGGCCAUUGCUUUCUCCUUGCGAGUCCUGUGCAUAGUUGUGGGAAAUGAGUUGCAAACUGAAGGUGA